AUCCUUCUCAAAUAUACACAGUAGCAUUAGUUCUUCUUCUAUUAAUUCGUCUGUCUCUCUUCUUCUGUCUGUUUCAAUUUUUUUUUUAUAAAGAUGGAGACUCUCUGCAGCCGGACUCCUUCACCCUCCUCACCUCUGUUCCGUACAAACGUACGGCAGCAUGGUUCAUCAUCAACAUCCUUCCCACACCUCAUAAAAAACCAAUCACCAUGCAUCACCACUGCUAUACUAACAAAUCCAGCUGCUGAAGUAAUCUCCAUCAAACCUUCCAAACUACCACUCAGUCCCUUCAAAACGACCCCGCAGGAGUUGAAGAUAGUGGCGCCGGAGACAUUACAGUACGACAGUGGGUUUCUUGGAGCAGUGCCUGAUAAGUUAGUGGAAGGAGAAGGAAGUAGUGAUGAUAUUCACGAUGCCAUGAGUUACUUGACAAAGAUUUUGACCUCUAAAGUUUAUGAUGUUGCCAUUGAGUCUCCGUUGGACUAUGCUUCCAAGCUCUCUGACAAGCUUCAUGUUAAUAUUUGGCUCAAGAGAGAGGACCUACAACCUAUUUUCUCCUUUAAAAUUCGAGGAGCUUACAAUAUGAUGGCAAAGCUUUCCACAAAACAAUUGGCAAUGGGUGUUAUUUGUUCAUCAGCAGGGAAUCAUGCUCAAGGAGUUGCACUAUCAGCACAAAAACUUGGUUGCACUGCUGUGAUUAUCAUGCCCAUUACAACUCCUGAAAUCAAAUGGAAAACAGUGGAGAAGUUAGGUGGACAAGUAGUGCUUGUGGGUGACUCAUAUGAUGAAGCCCAAGCAUAUGCACAACAAAGGGCUAAAGAUGAAGGCUUAAUAUUUGUGCACCCUUUUGACCACCCAGAUGUCAUAGCUGGCCAAGGAACUAUAGGAAUGGAGAUUCUGCGUCAAAUUCAAGGUCCAUUGCAUGCAAUCUUUGUGCCUGUUGGUGGUGGUGGACUUAUAGCUGGAAUUGCUUCCUAUGUCAAGAGAGUUCGCCCCGAGGUCAAGAUAAUUGGGGUAGAGGUAUCCGAUGCAAACGCAAUGGCACUAUCCAUACAUCAUGGUCAGAGAAUUAUGUUGGAGAAAGUGGGAGGAUUUGCAGAUGGAAUAGCAGUAAAAAAGGUUGGGGAAGAAACUUUUCGGUUAUGCAGAGAACUCAUUGAUGGAGUAGUUCUUGUUAGUCGUGAUGCCGUUUGUGCAUCAAUAAAAGAUAUGUUUGAGGAAAAACGGAGCAUACUUGAACCGGCAGGCGCUGUAGCCAUCGCUGGAGCAGAAGCAUAUUGCAAAUAUUAUGGACUGAAGGGUGAAAAUGUUGUUGCUAUAAGUAGUGGAGCUAACAUGAACUUUGACAGACUAAGAUUGGUAUCUCAACUAGCCGAUGUUGGUAGGAGAUGCGAAGUUUUCCUUGCAACAUUUGUUCCAGAAAAGCGUGGAAGCUUCAAACAGUUUUGUGAACUGCAGGUUGGUCCAAUGAAUAUUCUUGAGAUAAGCUACAGAUAUGAUGAUAAAAAAGAAAGUGGCCUUGUUCUGUACAGUGUUGGCUUUCAAACUGUUUUGGAGUUGGAAGAAAUGUUGGAUCGGAUGAUGUCGGCUCAACUACUGACCGUUAACCUGACAAAUAAGGAACUAGUUAAAGAUCAUAUGCAAUUUUUGGUGGGAGGUCGAUCGUCCUCUAUCGAAAAUGAGAUCCUCUGCCAGUUUGCCAUUCCAGCGAGGCCAGGUGCUUUAUUGAAGUUCUUAGAUGCUUUCAGUCCCCUUUGGAACAUAAGCUUGUUCCAUUACAGUGGACAGGGUGAAAGUGGUGCGGAUGCGUUGGUCGGUUUACAUGUUGCAAGCUCUGAGAUAAACAAGUUCAAGGCUUUGGCUGAUGCUCUAGGGUUUAAUUAUAAUUUUGAGACAAACAAUGAGACCUUACAAUUGCUAUUGCAUUAGAUGAGCCGCUAAACGGGCUAGCUUCGGCCCAACAAACUUGAGUUAUUUUAAGUUAAUUGAACUGUUGUAAACUAAACUUUAAGUUAAUUUAACUUGAGUUAUUUUAUGCUUUUAUUUAUACUAAUUAUAAUGAGUUUUCUUGUCUUAUAA